AUGGCAAUUAAGGUUCUAGGAAUUUUUUGCUUGAUUACAUGGACCACAGCACAAUCACAAUUCAACUACUACAAUAAUAAUUACAGUCCGUCGUUGUACCGUCAACAUCUUGUUGGCUAUGUACAACCACCCACGGUCGCUUCUACCGCCACCUAUCAUCAUUAUGCGGCACCACAAAUAGCUCCAAUUGUUGCAUCCAUUCCGGAAGAGCGCCAACUUAAAUACAAUUCAAAUUCUGAUGUAGCAGUUGAAGUUCCAGUUGCAGCAGCAGCAGAAGCAAUUCCAGCUAAAUAUGAUUUCUCAUAUGGGGUUCAUGACUCUUUGACAGGCGAUAUCAAGAGCCAGAUUGAAUCCCGUGAGGGAGGAAUUGUGCAAGGAUCCUACAGUCUAAUUGAUGCCGAUGGAUAUAAACGCACUGUGACGUACACAUCGGACGAUGUGAAUGGUUUCAAUGCUGUUGUGCAACGAGAACCUUUGGCGAAAGUUGGUUCUUUUGUUGGUACAACAGCAGUUCAGUAUCCUCAGGCACCAUAUCAUCAUCAACAGUACCUGCCAGUGUUUCAGACGCCCUACCCUUUCCCUGGGGCAAUAACACCUCAAUAUCAGCCAUUGCCAAUGAACCCGGUUGAAGAGGAGCCGAAUUUCGAUGAUGCUGAAAUUAUACCCUCACAAGACCAACCAUCCUCAGGUGGGGCAGUAGCGGAAGAAGAAGCUUUUCAACCUGAUAUUGAAGAUUUCCAAGACAUACCUCAGUCUGAUGAUGAUAGCGAUGUUGUUGAGGCCUAUGGAGCUGCUGCCGCUGCUGGUAAAGCAGCCGAAAGAAGUUCUAUUGACAAUAAGGAAAGUAGAUUGAAUAAAACUGUGGAGGCAACAGCACCUCAAAAACAACAACAACAACAACCUACUGCUCAGCACUAA